GAAAUGAAAUGGAAUGGAAAGGAAGAGAUAGAGGAUAUGCUUCUGCCGCUUCGGCCAACCGUGAGUGUCCUACCCACCGAAUUUGGCAGCGCUACCAACAAACCGUUAUUUCUGUAUCGGAAGCCCGCCUAUUGUUUCUCCAUUCGUGAGCCCAGUCCUAGCUUCAAAUCAUCUCUCCACUGUUAUUGCAUCAAAGAGGAGAUUACUGAUAAUCCCACUGAGGGCUUUUCUGCUCUUUCAUCUGAUAUUCCAUGGGAAAGAGGAAGCAUAUGGAGCACUAUGGCAAUAUACAUGUUCAAUUUACAUAUUCCUUUGGGUAUUGGAGGCUUGUCUAUAGUUGCCUACUUAUGGCACCGACCUGUGCUUGAUCCACAGACUGAGGCUUUAUCACUGCUUGUCAUUCAAAUUCUAGAACUAACUGGUGCUCUACUUCUACUUCGAACCACUGCUAAGCCAGAGCAUAAGUUAAUGAGCUUCUUCAAAUCUAAAAAGGAGAGGAAUUGGGUGUUAGCAUCAGCAGUAGGUUUUGGGUCUUUAGUUUUAUUGGUGUUCCUUACAUCACUCCUUGCGGAUGUCUUAGUUGAGGCCAAGGGUGUGAACAACCCUAUUUUGAAGGAGAUUCUUCACAGCAGCAACAUAUCAAAAACUGCAUGUGUUUUUGUUUACUGUCUUAUAACUCCCCUGCUGGAAGAAACUAUUUACAGAGGAUUUCUUUUGACAUCUCUUGCCUCCACAAUGAACUGGCAGAAAGCAGUUUUUGUAAGUUCAGCUGCUUUUAGUGCAGCUCAUUUUUCUGGUGAGAAUUUCCUGCAAUUGUUUAUAAUUGGAUGGGUUCUUGGAUGCUGUUACUGCUGGUCUGGAAACUUGAGUUCUUCCAUUGCUAUACAUUCCUUGUACAAUGCAAUGAUACUGAUUGUAACCUUUGUAUCUUAACUAUGUAUUAUUUAAAAUUAACUCAUUGAGUACCUGAACA